AUGCAAUUAAAUCAUUUAUCUAUAAACCUUGAUAAAUUGUAUACUUCUAUUUUUACAGUGAUUCAAAUGCAGAGAUAUUCCAACGAAGAUAGCAGUCGAGAUUACCCACAUCAGCCUUACUCAAGUUACCCUAAACAAUCAUACCCAGAUUAUCCUCAACAACAAGCUCAAAGCUAUCCACAACCACACCCAAGUUACCCCCAACAACCAUACCCAAGUGAUCCUAAAUCCUAUCCAACCUAUCCAAAUUCACCAGGCUAUACUAAUCAAGCCUAUUCAGCUUCAGAUCCUGAGACGAGAACCACAAUGUCAGCAUCAUAUGUACCUCCCGGAGGGGAAGACCCAACAGCUAAUUUUGAUUUUACAGAGAGAUCUAUUCGAUUAGCUUUCAUAAGGAAAGUUUACAGUAUACUAACACUUCAGCUGUUGAUUACUGUUGGAUUCAUAGCUGUAUUCAUAUUUAGUCCUAAAGUUCAGAACUACUUUGCUCAAAACCCAAUCUAUUUGCUGAUUGCAGUGAUAGCAGUAAUAGUUCUUAGUAUCGUAUUAUGCUGUUGUACAAAUGUAAGGAGAUCAUCGCCUGGAAACUACAUUUGUCUCUUAAUAUUUACUAUAGCUAUGGGCUUUAUGGUUGGAAAUAUCUCAGUUAGAUACGACACUGAGGCGGUCAUUCUAGCAGCUGGGUUAACAGCAGGUAUCACUCUGGGACUUACGCUAUUUUCAUUUCAAACAAAGAUAGAUUUCACUUCUUGGGGUGGUGCACUAUUCGCUCUUCUCUUAGUGCUGAUAAUUGGAGGAAUAUUCUCAGCAAUUUUCCCAUCAAAAAUAGGGGAUGUGCUCAUCGGGAGCUUUGGAGCAGUCUUAAUGUCACUUUACAUCAUCUAUGAUACCCAACUAAUGAUGGGAGGUGAACAUAAAUAUUCAAUUUCACCUGAAGAGUACAUUUUUGCAUCUCUCAAUUUGUAUUUAGAUAUCAUUAAUCUCUUUCUGUAUAUUUUACGCCUGAUCGGAGGAAGGAGUUAA